AUGGGGAAGACUAUUCAGCACAAAGACUCUAGCAUUAUUUAUGGGAAAAAUCACCUCAGAUGCAUAUGGGACAUAUUUCAUCAUCUUCACCACCAUGGUUGGCUCCAUGUCAAGAAAAGGCUGCCACACAAAAAGCACAGUGAUGGAGGGCUUGCUGCUGUUGGAGAUACAGGGAGCGAUUUAGCAGUCACUGAUGUUGGAGAAAUGCUAGAACACAUAGAUGCUGAAAUUGACUACUCUAUAGUCAAAGGGAAGAACACAGAGCGUAGUCCAGUAACCAAAAGCUCCAUGAAAUCUCGAAUAAAAGCUUUGAUUUCUGAGGAGCUCUCUAAAAAAAGGAAGCACCAUCGCCGAAGUUCUUCCUACCCGACACGAACACUACUUGCUCGUACAAAGUCCUUUCAUCAUCUAGAACCUUCAGAACUUGAUCCUGGAAUCAAACUUGCUUCUAAUAAUGACAAUCUGGGGCUUAUUCGACAAGAGAAUGGAAACUUUUCUGUUGCCGGUGCAUUGGACCAAUUCCUCCCAAAGGCAUUACAGGAAAUAGUUACCAACAACCAAACAUGUGAGUUUUGUGCUGCCAUGAUCAGUAUGAAUUACUUGAGUCAAAGUGACGUUGAUGAGCAUAGCAGGCAAACGGAUGUCAAGGAUCAUACUUUUCUUCAUCACAAAUUGAUAUAUGCAAUAAAGCCAACUAAAAGUGCUUCACUUCAGGAGUCGAAGCUGUUUCUGGAUGCUCUAGAUUUACUCAACAUGAGGGAGGAAUUAUUCCUGAAAAUUCUUCAAGAUCCAAGUUCCUCGUUGGCAUAUAACUUACAUGAUCGAAUGGCGUUCAAUUCAAAGAUAGGAUUGACCAAGUCUGUGACGUUUCCUGUGGCUGGCUCAACACGCAGAAGGGCUGUGCAGCCAAGAAAUCUUAAGCAUGAGCAGGCAAGUGGGUCUUAUGCAGAAUGGGAAGAGAAGUCAGAAGUUGAUAGUCAAGCCCAAAAAUCAACUGCUUAUAAGUAUGUAGAAGGUAUGAGGGAGCAUUCAACACCAUCAAUAGCCGAUGGCAGGGAAGAUGGUAUGCCAAUACCAUACCUGGCAAGGCCCGAGACUUAUAUUAAUGUUUCUCCUGGUUCACCACGCAGGCUGAAGUCCUGGCAUGAUAACAAACUCGUCAUCAAGCGAUUCAAGGAUAUUGGAAACAAGAUAAAACAUGCUAUCAGAGAGAGUAAAAAAGAGAGGCAUCGGAUUAUGAUGGAUGCAGUCCUUCACAAAAUUCCUUAUGGCCAUAGAUUCUCCAAGGAUGAGAAAAGUGAUACAAAUGAUCUGCAUAAGGAGUCAGCUGCAAACAAAACUAGUAAAUACAGUUCUGGAAGGAGUUGUGUGAGGGAUCUAUCUGUUUCUGCUCUUACCCAGGGUGGACAGAGACACAUCAGAAGGGCAUCAUCUUUUGAUGAAUUGUUGGAUAAAUAUUGCCGUUUGUAUGAAUCCAGUUUCAGCAGACAAGCCAAAUAUUAUAACUCCGAAAAAUUAAGGUUGAGAACAGAGAAGACGCCUUCAUCUGGUAGGGGUGCUAAAAAAUCUAUGAGAAGGAUUUUUUCUUUGCCUAAUCUUAGGUCUUACUCUUAUUUGCGAAGCGAAGACUUUCUUGAUGUUAAUUCUUCAGAUACAUCACCUAGGACUGCUGUGGAUAGCCCUGUAAGCAUAGGAAGUAGGUUUAGUGAACAAAAGCCUCCUGGCCUUCUUAUAGAUUCAGAGAACCAAACUCAGCUAGAUGCCCCUGCAGGAAAUGGAAGUCGAGAAAACUUGAUAGAAGUUGGUGAGACUCUUGACAAUUUGGGCAACUUGACAACAGGAGAAAGUUCAUCUCAUUCUGAACAGAAAUUUGGGCCCAUAAUAAGUCCACGGGAAAAACCAAGUCCAAUUUCUGUUCUUGACUCAAAUUCUCAGGAUACAAUUGACUCAGGAGAUGCAGAAUUAAGGCCAAAAUGCCUUUUUUCCGAUUUAGCGGAUUCUCUUGCUAAUCAGCAACCUGAGUUGAGCAUAAAUGACCCCUAUGUGGCCAAGAGCGGAAAUAAUGUUGAGAGAUCAGAAACUCCAGUCAGGCAAUUUAAUAGUGACUUUCUGCAUAUACAGUUGGAUGUAGAAGACAAAACUACAUUCUGUUAUGUUAGAGAUGUAUUAGAGCUAUCUGGCUUCAGUAGAAACGAGUUACUUGGGACGUGGCACUCUGCUGACCAUCCAAUGGACCCCUCAGUGUUUGAGGAAGUGGAAGGGAGUUUCCUUGCUGAGCCUGAUUGUUCUGGAAAUGAAGAUGGUGGCAAUUGUAACCAUCUCCUUUUGUUUGAUCUUAUCAAUGAGGUCUUGUUGGGGAUUUAUGAGAGAUCAUUCUCCUACUACCCUGUGUGCUUGACUAGCCAUUCUCACAUCCGUCCAAUGCCAGUGGGAUACCAUGUUCUUGAAGAGGUCUGGACAAAUAUCAGCUGGUACUUACACUGGAGACACGAGGUUGAACAAUCACUGGAUGAUGCUGUGAGCCAGGAUUUAACAAAAGAUGAUGGUUGGAUGACCCUCCAGUUUGAUGCCGAGUGCGUGGGGCUUGAGUUGGAGGACAUGAUAUUCAAUGAUAUAUUGGAAGAAGUUGUUGGUACUUGA